CGGCUAGCCCCACCCUUCUGUCCCAUACAGGAAGCUGGAUUUGCUAACCAGUAAGCUGUCAACAAAGGGCAAAACUGCACGAAAUCGAUGAGGAAGUCCACAGCACUCGCGCCUCCAAGCUCCUUCUGCUAAAUAACAUUUCACCACACCGCUGACUGAAUCCUCAACAUGGCGACAACUGCUCAGCUGUUCGAGGAGCCUUUCGAUGCAGAUGAGUACAUAGAAAGGUUAGCAUGGAGGACUCCUGGAGGAGGCUCCAAAGGAGGGGCUGAGGCGUUUGACCCUAAAAGGCUGCUGGAAGAGUUUGAGAACCACAUAGAGGAGCUAAAGCAACUGGAUGAGAAGAUUCAGCGGCGGGUGGAGAAGCUUGAGCAUCAGUGUCAUCGUGAGGCCAAGGAAUUUGCCCACAAAGUACAAGACUUGCAGAGAAGCAACCAGGUGGCUUUUCAGCAUUUCCAAGAGCUCGACGAGCAUAUAAGCUAUGUGGCCACCAAGGUUUGCCACCUUGGCGACCAGCUGGAGGGGGUAAACACACCCCGGCAGAGAGCUGUGGAGGCUCAGCGUCUCAUGACCUACUUCAACGAGUUCCUGGAUGGAGACCUACGCAGCGAUGUCUUCAAUAACCCAGACAAGAUUAAGGAGGCUGCUGAUAUCAUUCAGAAGCUGCAUCUCAUUGCCCAGGAGCUGCCAUUUGACAGAUUUGCAGAUGUCAAGGCAAAAAUCGCAAGUAAGUACCAUGACCUGGAGCGGCAGUUAAUCCAGGAGUUUACAGCUGCCCAGCGCCGGGGUGAGAUUGGACGUAUGCGGGAAGUUGCGGCGGUGCUAUUACAUUUUAAGGGUUAUGCACAUUGUGUGGACGUCUAUAUCAAGCAAUGUCAGGAAGGGGCUUACCUGAGGAACGAUGUGUUUGAGGACACUGCUGUCCUCUGCCAGAGGGUCAACAAGCAGGUGGGCGAGGUCUUCAGUAGCCCAGAAACCGUCAUGGCCAAACUCAUCCAGAACAUCUUCGAGUACAAAUUACAGGCCCAUGUGAAGGAAAAACUGGACGAGACUCGGCACUCUGAUGUUGAACAGUACCUCAAGAACCUCUAUGACCUUUACACCAGGACCACCGCAUUAGCCACUAAGCUAACCGAGUUCAACCUGGGCUCGGACAAGCACACGUUCCUGUCCAAGCUGAUAAAGAGCAUCUUCUCCUCCUACCUGGAGAGUUACAUCGACAUGGAGAGAGAUUACCUUCGGACUCGAGGUGCGAUGAUUCUGCAGCGAUACUACGACUCCAAGAACCACCAGAAACGCCCAAUAGGCACGGGCAGCAUUCAAGACCUGAAGGAGCGUAUCAGACAGCGCACCAACCUUCCCCUGGGUCCUAGCAUUGACACUCAUGGGGAGACCUUUCUGUCCCCGGAGCUUGUUGUCAAUCUGUUGCAGGAGACGCGACAUGCCUUUGAGAGAUGCCACAGGCUUUCAGAUCCCUCAGACCUACCCAAGAAUGCUUUCUCAAUUUUCUUGCUGUUGGUUGACCAUCUGUGUGUGGAACACAUCGACUAUGCCCUGGAGAUUGGCCUCUCAGCAAUUCCCUCAUCAGACGCCAAGAAUGCCAAUCUAUACUUCCUGGACGUGGUUCAGCAGGCAAACUCUAUCUUCCACUUGUUUGACAAGCAGUUUAAUGACCAGCUCAUGCCUCUAAUAAGCUCUUCUCCAAAGUUGGCGGAGUGCCUGCAUAAAAAGAAAGAGGUGAUAGAACAGAUGGAAGUGAAACUGGACACAGGAAUUGACAGAACAAUUAACUGCAUGGUGGGGCAGAUGAAGCACAUCUUGGCAACGGAGCAAAAGAAGACUGACUUCAGGCCAGAGGAUGAAAACAAUGUUAUGAUCCAGUACACUGCAGCCUGCUCCAAAGUGUGCGCCUACGUCAGUCGGCAGGUGGAGCACGUGCGGAAGUCCAUGGAUGGGAAGAAUGUGGACACUGUGCUGACAGAGUUGGGCGUGCGUUUCCACAGACUCAUCCAUGAGCAUCUACAGCAGUACAGCUACAGCUCAAUGGGAGGCAUGCUGGCCAUCUGCGAUGUGGCCGAAUACCGAAGAUGCGCCAAGGACUUCAGGGUCCCUCUGGUGCUGCAGCUCUUCGACACACUCCAUGCCCUCUGUAACCUCCUGGUUGUCGCCCCCGACAACCUAAAGCAGGUCUGCUCAGGUGAGCAGCUUACCAAUCUGGACCGGAACCUCUUGCACGCAUUUGUCCAGCUCAGAGUGGACUACCGUUCUGCCAGACUGGGCCGACACUUCAGUUAGUGAGCGGUUCUACACUCUGCCGCCCUCCGUCCAGCUACCCGUGCUUUUUGAUGAGAUGCACCUUGAAGAAACACGUCCCUGCUCCAGAGAAUGCGUCGGUCCGGGUCCCGGCACAUAGACUUCACUGAGAUUGCUUUGUACAUCAUGGAGACGAAGGCGUCUCCUCCUUAUCUGUGGGAAAUGUGCAUUUUACCAAUUUAUUUCUCCGUGCUGAAGAAAUUUAAACGUCUAUUGAUUUAAGACUUUUAAAUACUAAUCCAUCACCAAUCCACGUGGCUAACAAUGUAUGACAUUAUGAGUAAUUGGACAACACUGAUAUCUGUGCUUUUUCUUUUUUGAUUGUGCCAAAUAUAUAAAUUCUGUGGCCGCACUUGUGCACAAAAUAGACCCUGAAGCUGCUGUAAAGGGACAUAGUCAACAAUCAUGCUGUAAAAUCAAACAUCAGGCCUGCAGUAGCACAACACAAGUUGUCCCUUUGUAAUGAACUAUAGAGAACAGAAGACGGCUUGACCAAGCAUGACAUAGAUCUCUGUCUGGGUGAGAGAGACACAUGAUCACCUCUCUAACCUCUGGGCUCUGGCCACAAAGUGAAGGUCAACAAGCCAUCACAGAGAACUGUGAUCUGGACUAUAACAGCUCUUAGACUCUCUCUCUGGAGAGUUGGGUGGUCCCUUGUUAGGCUCAGAUGACUGGUGUGAUGGGUCACUGAGUAUGUGUCACUGUAAUUGCACAGAUCAACACUUUGCUCAUCCAGCGGCGCGCACAGUCCAAAGGCAUUGUUGACUGGAUUUGCGGUGUUUCUGGGUCAGGAGACACUGACACGUUGACCUCUGCUGAUUGGGGAAACAAACUAGGGGUACUUCUUCACACAGGACUUAUUUGAGACACACUGACAGUCUUUUGCACUAAGAAAGACGACAGGUCAUGUCCCUGAUGCCCGAAACUGUCUCAUACGCAAAGCUGCCCCCGCUCUGCUGCAGCCUUAAUUAGUGACUCAUUAAAAAAGGACGUUGCAUUUUA